CAUCAUUAAGUAUUCGGCAGGGGCAUCAAUCCUGAGAAAGUUAUAAUGGGUACCUCAGAAGGCACAGCACAGACCAGGCACCAGAGGAGAGUGGGGUGAGCAGACACAUUUAAAGAUGGGCAACAAGAAGAUUGCCUGGAUUGCCAUUCAAAAGUGAUGGCAGCAAGUGUAGAGAACCUUCUAGAAAAGCCUGCUAAGCCCUGAGCUCCAAAGAAGGCAGGCCUUCUUUGGUCACAAGGAACACACAAGAACCGAGAGGCAGAGGCCAGCCAUAACCAUGACCCUCAGUUCACAGAGGACAGUCAGGGCGUAGGGCCUUGUAAGAACCUGUCCUCUCACCAAGAUGGAGGGAACUCUCAAUGUCAAACACACACCAAAGUACUUUGUUCCCUCCCCCAGUGAGGGUCCAGGAGAUAGUCUCAGCUGUCCUGCUGAGGCUGGCCUCAUCCUUUGAGAGAAGGCCUGACAGGUGAGUUUGAUAGUGGUCCCUGUUAUCUUAAAUAACCAUUACAUACUGGGUGCUGUUGGACAGGCCCUGGUGGGGGCAGAUAAGCCCGUGUGCCACUACCUGAAGAUGUUUAUUCACGUACAAGGCCUCCUGUUAUAAAUGAAGAAUCAGGAUGCUCCAAGAACCAUGGUGCCAGUCAAGGACCCAGUAUACAAAGUGAUGGGGUGGGAGUCUGUUCCUGGGGCCUGGCGUCCGCAAUACAGCAGUGCUGAAAUGGCAGAGCCACAGCCUACCUCCAGAGGCCUCACAGAUGAGGCCGCCCUCAGUUGCUGCUCCGAAGCAGACCCCAGCAACAAGGAUUUUCUAUUGCAGCAAACCAUGCUACGAAUUAAGGACCCUAAGAAGUCACUGGAUUUUUAUACUAGAGUUCUUGGAAUGACGCUAAUUGAAAAAUUAGAUUUUCCUAUUAUGGAAUUUUCACUCUAUUUCUUGGCUCAUGAGGAUAAAAAUGACAUCCCCAAAGAUAAAGAUGAAAAAGUGGCAUGGGUGUUCUCCCCAAAAGCUACACUUGAGCUGACACACAAUUGGGGCACUGAAGAUGAUGAGGACCAGAGUUACCACAAUGGCAAUUCAGACCCUCAAGGAUUUGGUCACAUUGGAAUUGCUGUUCCUGAUGUACACAGUGCCUGUAAAAGAUAUGAAGAACUGGGAGUCAAAUUUGUGAAGAAACCUGAUGAUGGUAAAAUGAAAGGCCUGGCAUUUAUUCAGGACCCUAAUGGCUACUGGAUUGAAAUUUUGAAUCCUAACAAAAUGAGAGCUAUCGUUUAGUACUAUGAAGAAUGCUCCUUUGAGAUUUCAGUGAAGACACAGAUUGAAAAAGUAAACAACGUGAUUGAAGAUACUCAGAUAACAGAAGCAUCUAGAACUUAUGGGUCAUUGCUGCGGUUCAAAUUAUUCUUAAAUCCAUUUUCCUUUCCUAUUUCAGCUGGGGUUUUUUCUCUUAACUUUUCAGUCAUUCUGGUUUUAAUGUAAUGCUUUAUCUUAUGCCCUUGAAUAUAGUUGUGUAACUUUAUUUUUUAGUUAAUAAUUAGAACAGUUCCUUUCAGAGGCUAUAUUUACUUGCCUUCUAUCUCCUAAAUAAUACUUCUCUUCAAAUAAAAAAAACAAAACAAAACAAAACAAAAACAAAGUGAUGGGUGGGGGAGGUGGGGUGAUAUUGUGUAACCUUGUAACCUAUUUGGGGGAAUCUGUUUAAUGUAUACUAUGAUGAUUAAUAACACUUCUGAUACUUGCUUUUACUGUGAGAGUAUAAAAGGAACAAAGAGAAACAGAAGAGAACAGCUCUUUGAGGAGAUAUCCUCACUGUUCUCUAGAAUUAUUGGCUUUUCUGUAAAUAAUAGUGGAAUUAUUGAUCUCACCUGCUUCUCCACUGAUUGGCUUGGGUGACAGGUAGACAGACUCCUUGUUGCUUAUUUAACAACAGGUCACGGCACAGGCCCUCCCAUGCAGACCCAACGAUGGGCACAGCAGCCACCUUCUCACCUCAUGCCAUGUGGACCAAGUUAGCAUGAGCACUAAGUGGCACGCAGCUCACUGGACCCUUCUCUCCCAUAGAGAAUGCUCACCUGAGCACUGCAGAAGGCUCUCACCCCACAAGACAGCAAAGAAAGCAC